UUAACUAGAAGUUUUUGAAUAAUCAACAGUUAUUAAUUUUGGAAGUUUAACUGUGGCAGGAAAGAAAGCUGAGAAAAGAAUGGCCACCGACGAGUUAUCGAUGAAGCUCCUGAUCAACAAAGAGUCUCAGAAGGUCUGCUUCGCGGAGGCCGGCAUCGACGAGGUGGAGUUCCUCACCGGCCUCCUCUCCCUUCCCCUGUGCACCAUGGCCACCCUCCUCGCCAAGGAGCACAACAUGCUCGGCAGCAUCGGCAGCCUGCUCGGCAGCGUGGAGAAGAUGGGCACAAACUACAGCAGCAAGCCACGGCACCUCAGCCCGGCCGUCUCCACCGCCGCGCUCUCCCACCUGCAGCAGCUGCUCGGCGCGCAGCAGGAGCAGGUAUCCAUCACCAACGGCGACACCAGCGUCUGCCUCUACGGGUGCCAAGGCAAGUCCGGUGUCAGCAACAGCAGCAACCCUUACGGAACCACUUCCAAUUACGCCAGCUGCCGGUACGUCUUGAGAAUCUACGGCGCGGCCUGCCAGGGCUGCGGGAGUCCGAUGAUCAAGGUCAUGGCGCUCGUGCAGACCAGCGGCAAUGAUCGCACGUCAGCCAAGACCAAUAGGAUGUACACCAUCGGAGACGACCUGUCGGUGACCCAGGCGUCCGGCGGCGUGCUGUCGGGCAUCUCCAUGCUGUCGCGGUGCCACGUCAAGGACCUCAGCAUGCUGCAGGAGAAGACAGUCAAGAUCGGCAAGGAAGAGGUGAUUAUAAUUAUACAGUGA